AUGGCUGCUGCUACUUUGAUGUCAUUUUCUCCUCCCUUUCUCUCCUAUUCAUCCAUAUCUAACCAUCGAAUCUCUUCCAAUUCUGUCAAAUCUCCGCCGCCUCUAAAAUUGGUUGCGCCCCAAUUCCACCCGUUGUUUCUAUCCACACGGAAUUUCAAUUUCUCACCCCCUCAACCACCGUCUGCGGCGGCUCCGGUGAACAAGAAAAGAUGGAAACUUUCAGCUCUCCGGGGGGACCUUUUCCUUUUAGAGACCACCCCAGUUGAGGAAACUGCCCAAGAGAUUGUGUCAGCAACCAAAGAUGAUGGCGUGUCCACCAUUAUAUCUGGGCUUCUUUUCGUCGCUUUCAUCGGCUUAUCCAUCUUGACGAUAGGGGUUAUCUACAUUGCUGUUACGGAUUUCUUGCAGAAAAGGGAGAAAGAUAAGUUCGAGAAAGAAGAGGCUGCCAAACAGAAGAAGAGCAAAGGGAAGAAGAUCAGAACUCGUGCUAGAGCAGGGCCUAGAGGUUUUGGGCAGAAGGUUGAAGAUGAAGAAAUCGACGAAUUACCCGACUAG